AUGGAACGUAACUUUGCGAAGCUGCACGAAGAAUUAUGUGGCCUGAGACAGGAAAUGAAGGACGAAAUUGAUAUGUUGAAGAGCAAUAUUAAGGGCGUGGAAAAAAGUGUAGAUGAAAUAUGGGCGACCAUUGAAGAUAUGAAAGAGGCAACCAAAGCUCUGAAAGACUCUAAAACGGUACAGGAGGACGAGAUGCAAGAACUGCGAGCGCUUCUGACAAAAACCAAAGCUGAGCUAAAGGAGGAAAGAGACAAAGUUACAGAGCUGGAAGAUUAUACUCGGCGUGAGAAUCUAAAAUUGCACAAUAUCCCAGAAUCAGAAGAAGAAGGUGUUAACCACUCGCCGAAACAAGUUAUUCUCAGCAUUUUGCAAAAGGAGUUGCAAAUGGACACUGCACAAAUUCGAUUUCACGCAGUGCAUCGAAUUGGCAAGCGAAAAGGAAACAAACACAGACCGAUCAUUGCUCGUUUCGUUUGCCGAGAAGACAGAGAUCAGGUUUUUGCCAGGAAGAAGGGAAUUAAAGAGAGCACAAGGUUUAAGGACGCUUACAUAACCGCCGAUUAUCCAAAAGCUAUACAAGGUGAACGAAGGAAGCUAAUAAAGGCGAUGUUCAAGGCAAAGGAGCAAGGUUCAGAGGCCAAAGUGGUUGGUAGAUAUCUGUACAUAGGAGAACUAAAGUAUGAUGUAACAAAUAUCCCUGAGGAUUUUAAGUAG